AAUUUUCAGUGUGUUUUAUUAAACUUACAAAAUGAAAUACAUGGACAAAUUGCCCACUGUGAUCAGCUGCUGUUUCUGCUGUUUCCUUAGAGCUGGAACGGUCAUGAUAGCUAUAUUCUCAUUCAUGUCGGGUUUGAUCUUCGCGCCUAAUGUAAGUCAUACGAAGGGUUUAUGGAACAUAGACCCGGUUCUAUCUUACCACAGUGCAGCUACGGAACACACCGUGCAGAUUAUCUUGGGUGUUGUUUCAAUAAUGCUGUGCGUGGUCAGCGUGAUGCUACUAGUUGGAGCUAUUUGUAAUAUGCCGAUGCUAAUACUGAUAUACCAGUGGGGCGCAGUUUUGUACAGUGCAACAGUUUUCUUGCUGUUAUUCAUUCUGGCUGUGUUCUGUUUCUUUGUGCAUUCGAAUUGUGUACUGGCCGGUGCUGCUCUGUGCGGGCUGAUGGUGUGUGAAGUAUUGGUUACAAUUUAUUUCCUGAUCGUCGCAAACAGCCUACGAAUGUCUCAGAAGUAUUUAGCGAACGAUGAAGUCUUGUACUAGCAACAGAGAAAGCGACACGAC